AGACAAAAAAUGAUCCGGACGGGCUAAAAGACUGUUACCCGGGGUGUCCCGGAGAAGUGGGAAGGUGUAGAGAUGCAGGAAGGUGUCCGUUUUGCUUCUUCAGGAGAUGAUGAUGUUAAAAUAUGGGAUUCGUCUUCUAUAACUGUUGUGGAUCAGUUUAGUCCCCAUGAAUCUUCUCACCCAGUUAAUUCAGUAUGCUGGGGUAGCAACAAUAAUUUUUUGGUAACAACGUCAGCUGUUGGUGAUAAGAUAGUGAUUUCAAAUUAUAAAGGAAAACCAGUUCCACUCUUUGAACUAGCUGAAGGGGCAAAGCAAACAUGUAUAAGCUUGAGUUCGAAUUCAAUGUAUAUUACAAGUGGAGGAAUUGAUAGCACUGUUAAUAUCUGGGAUUUAAAAUACAGAAAACUUCACCGAUCGCUUAAGGAUCAUAGAGAUGAAAUAACUUGUGUGUCAUUUAAUUGGAAUGAUUACUAUAUUGCCUCAGGAUCCAUGAGUGGUGAAAUUAUCCUGCAUAGCAUCGCUACAAAUUUAUCCAGCACUCCAUUUGGUCAUGGAAGCUCACAGCCCAUACGCCAUUUGAAAUAUUCUCCCUUUAAAAAAGCAUUACUGGGCAGCGUCUCUGACAGUGGAACUGUAACCCUGUGGGAUGUCAACAGUCAAACUCCGUACCAUAACUUUGAAAAUGCUCAUAAAGCUCCAGCUUAUGAAAUCUGUUUUUCUCCCAUCAGUGAGUUGCUGCUUGUAACUGUAGGUCUAGAUAAAAGGAUAAUUCUCUAUGACACAGCAAGUAAAAGGCAGUUGAGAACUUUAGUAGCAGAAUCUCCUCUAACUGCAGUAGAAUUCAUGCCUGAAGGAAAUUCACUGACUGUUGGCUCCUCUCGUGGAAAAAUAUACCAUUAUGAUUUAAGAAAGCUGACAGCACCUGUGAAAUCAGUCAGUGCUCACAAAACCUCUGUGAAAUGCAUAACACUGCAGAAUUGUAACAGUUUUUCAAAGUCUAGUCAUAAAACAAGUUCAAGUAAGCAAACUUGCAAAAAAUCUGGGGUCAAAUCGACAAAUAAUACUGGAGGAAUUCAAAAUGUUGGCAUUUUAAAAAAUCUUAUAUCUAAUGUACCUGCUACAUUCCUGCCCCAGUCCAUGCCAAGUAAUGAAGUUAAAGGAACUGAUGCUAUUCCAGAAAAAUCAGGCUUGACCCAGAGCAGCAAUGUGGAUGUAAUUCCUUCCAAAGAGUUGGAUCAUGGGAAUACUUCUAAUUCAACUAAUUUUGAAGACUUGGGAAAAAAUAGUUUGGGUGACCUAUUUUCUCCACUUCGAGAUGAUAUUGUGGCUUGUAAAGCAAAUGAAGAUGUUCCAGGAAAGAAUGAUGGUUUGGAUUUUCAAUCUUAUCUUUUAAGCAUGGAUUUUCUCUCUCAGUUUAAUAAUGCUUUACCUACAAGAAAAAAUCCAGCAGGAUCAAAUCCACAAAUUGUUCAUUCAAGUCCACUUAAUAUAUUUGUUGGCUCCCCCAUUAAAGAGGAAGAUGAGCAUCUAGAUAUUGAUGUUAAAAAAACAAAUCAUGGAAAACAAGAAUCCAGUGAGCACAUCAAACAGUUGAGCUCAAUCUCUGAUUCUUCAACCCUGAAUACUCCACCUGUUGCCAAUUUAAUCAAGAGUCCUGAUUCCAGAGAAAGACUUAUUAAGAAUACCCAGACACAACUUUUAUAUGAAUCACCAAUUAAUGGUACUACCUCAACAAAUCCAAAGAUAUCUUCCAAUAUUACUUCUGGAGUUGCUAGUACACUAUCUGAAAAAAUAAUAGAUACUAUUGGAAACAGCCGAUCGAAUGCACCUUUAUCAUCAAUACAAAUUCAUUUCAUUCAGAAUAUGAUACAAGAAACUCUGGAUGAUUUCAGGGAAGCUUGUCAUCGUGACAUUGUAAAUUUGCAAGUAGAAAUGAUCAAACAGUUUCAUGUUCAGUUGAAUGAAAUGCAUGCCUUACUUGAAAGAUAUUCUAUAAAUGACAGUUUAGUAGCAGAAAUUGAAAAAUUGCGUGAAGAAAAUAAAAGACUUCAAACCCACUUCUGACAGAUUUCUAUUCAUGUGGAGAAAAUAAUUUGAUAUUUUUGUUCGAAAUGGCUAAGGCAUCAUGAUGUCAUCUGAUAAUUUCUGAAGUAGAGUGUAAAUUCAGUAUUUCUUUCAGUACCAAAUAUUUUUAAUUGUAGAAAAGCAAUAUAUACUGACUUAAUACAGAAAAUGCACUUACAUUUGUAUCAAACUGUUUUAAUGGUAAAGAAGUCGAUGAAAAUUGAGGCUAACAGGAUUAUUAACCAUUUCUCUAUCUGUAUAUAAAGUGCCUUUAUAAAAAAGGAAACUAAGUAGGACAUAUUUUUUUUGUAUAACAAUUCAUCAACCUUCUUUGCCUUGUGUGGUGUUGAUGGAACUCUCUCCUUUUAGCCUGAAAAAAACCGCAAGUGCCUGACUUUUGAUUUUUAUAUUGUACAUGCUCUUUAAAAGUUCAUAUCUUUCCUACAAUGGUUACUUUGUAAGUGUAGAAUACAACUCUAAUAUGUAACUCAAUUGUAAACAAAAUACCUUCAACUUUUCUAUAUAAUUUCAGAAUACAAUUUGAAUAAACAAUAUGUAUAGUUUUGUCUAAACAUACUUGACCCAAUAAUAUUACUAUACUAAAAUCAGCAAUUCCUCAAUCUGUUCUUUCAGUAUAGUUUUCUUGAUUUCUAGUGCAGCCAUAGUCAAACUCAGUUAUUUCAGUUUGACUUUGCUGUUUGUUAGAUUUUUGCUGUUUGUUAGUUUUUGUUAUUAAAGUUGAAGAAUUGAAUAGGCUUAAUGUAAUUUAAUCUGCAAAACAAAAUAACUAAAACUACUCAGCUGUCCAAUUGGUCAAAAAUAUGUCCUGGAUGUUCCUGUCACCAAUAAUGUUUUAAAAGAAUGUAAUUUCCGUGACAGAAACGUGUGCCUUUGAUGUAAAUGAAGAAAAUGUUUUCUGAUAGUCCAGCUGGAAUCUUUUCAAAAACUUAUACCAAGUUGAUACAAUUCAGUAAAAUUAUUAGUUUAUCCAUUUUAAUAUAAAUUUUAUUUAGAUUAUCAU